AUGUACGGCCUCAAGCAACUUGCUGUCCUGAGCUUGAUGCUCCUGUCUGUUACGGCCAAGGAAGCGGCAAAGAAGACGAUGGUUGGUAUCGAGACCGAGAAGGCUAGCUAUGGCAAGGAUGUCGAACUAGAAGACUGUGUCGAGCUUGACGAGGAGGAGGUAUACACCAUCUCCAUUCGAAAGCAUUGUCGCGUAUUCACUGGCUCCCUAUGCACCGGUCGAAACACCCUCCUCAGUCCCGGCGACCACUCGAACAAGGAACCCGUCCCGAUUACUUCUAUCUACUGCCAUGCGAAGUCACCAUUCUGA